AUGCCUAAAAGGGGGGACAGGGUCAAGGCAAGUCAAGGCAAGGCAAACGAAAUAUAUCACUUAACAGAAUCACAAACCAUGGGUCAAAUCCUAUCAAGUCCAGUUAUAGAUAAGGAGGUAAGGUCGGGAACUGAUGAAUUUACUUCCUAUGCCGUUAGUUCAAUGCAAGGUUGGAGAGUUUCCAUGGAGGAUUCACACAUUGUCAACUUGAACGUUUGCAAUGGCACCGCAAUGGAACAACAUGUAGCAUUCUACGCUGUCUUUGAUGGUCACGGGGGACCAAAAGUGGCUCGAUUUUGUGGGGAAAGACUCGUCUCGAUCUUGAAAUCUCAAGAUGACUUUCAAAAAAGGUUAUUUGAGAAAGCUUUGAGGGAAACGUAUUUUUUGGUAGAUAAGGAAUUAUUGAAGAAUCAGAAUUUUAAUAAUGAUAGAAGUGGUGCUACAGCCACUAGUGUAUUAAUAUCUCAAGAUAAAGGGUUUCUAAUAUGUGCGAAUGCGGGGGAUACAAGAGCUGUGCUUUCCACUGAUGGUACUGCUAAGCCAUUAUCUUUUGAUCAUAAGCCUACUUUACCAGUAGAAAGUGAAAGAAUUAUUGCUGCAGGUGGGUUUGUUGAUAUGGGGCGUGUUAAUGGGAAUUUAGCAUUAUCGCGAGCCAUUGGAGACUUCGAAUAUAAGUCAAAUAAGGAUUUACUACCUCAGGAGCAACAGGUAACUUGCUCACCAGAUCUUAUAAGGCAUGAUAUUAAUUAUCAAAAUGAUGAAUUUGUUAUUGUCGCAUGUGAUGGUAUAUGGGAUUGUCUUUCAUCACAAGAUUGUGUUGAGUUAAUUCAUUAUGGUAUAAAUCAGGGAACUAUGACAUUGACAGAUAUUGCAUCAAGAAUUAUUGAUGUCUGUUGCUCCCCCACCACAGAGGGCUCCGGAAUUGGAUGUGAUAAUAUGAGUAUCAUCAUUGUUGCAUUAUUACAACAAAAUGAAUCCCUUCAUCGUUGGUUUGAGCGUAUUGCCCAUAAGAAACAUUCGACGCCUAUUUCAUUUGAACAAAAGAGAAGAGAAAUAUAUCAGGAUUAUGAGUUUCCCGUAGAUGAUAGACUUGUUUUCGAAACAACAUUUCCAAGAGAGGAAUCAGCAGAUGAUAAGAUCAAGAAAGUUGCGUUAUAUUCCGAAGAAAUUCCUGAAGAACCAUCAAAAAAUGAAGAGGAAUCUAAUGAGCCACCUCUAAAUUUACUUUCAUUGGAUUCACUUUUAAAAAUGGGGAACAAGAUGAAUGAGACACCCAAUACAGAGACCUUAUUUCAUGGUCAUCCCUUAGCGGAAAUGAUACAUUCUUUAAGUGAUGCUAGUGCAGGUGAAACAUGCCCUGAUACUGACUAUUGUGAUGAAGAAAAUGUUACCAAUAAUAAUGAAGAUAAUGAUGCAGACAACGAUGCGUCCAUUUAA